CCGCACCGGGGCUGAGCGAGCAGCGACGCGCGGGGCGCGGAGAUGGCAGCGUCCAGCAACUCCAGCCUGUCCGGCUCCUCCGUGUCCUCUGAUGCUGAAGAGUACCAGCCUCCAAUAUGGAAAUCAUACCUGUAUCAGUUACAGCAAGAGGCCCCACGUCCCAAGAGGAUCGUUUGUUCUGGGGAGGUGGAAAACAGACCAAAAUAUUAUGGAAGAGAGUUUCACGGGAGCAUUUCCCGGGAGCAGGCUGAUGAGCUGCUCGGAGGCGUGGAGGGCGCCUACAUUCUCAGAGAAAGCCAGCGGCAGCCGGGAUGCUACACAUUAGCUCUAAGGUUUGGAAACCAGACCUUAAACUACAGGCUCUUCUACGAUGGAAAACACUUCGUGGGUGAGAAGAGGUUCGAAUCGAUUCACGACCUGGUCACAGACGGCUUGAUAACACUGUACAUAGAAACAAAAGCCUCCGAAUACAUUUCCAAAAUGACAACAAACCCCAUCUAUGAGCACAUCGGCUAUGCCACUCUGCUCCGAGAGAAGGUCUCCCGGAGGCUGAGCAGGUCUAAAAACGAGCCCAGGAAAACCAGCGUCACAAACGAAGAGCACGCCUCAGUCGACAAGAUCUCCUCCCUGGUCAGGAGGGCUGCCCUCACGCACAACGACAACCACUUCAACUAUGAGAAGACACACAACUUUAAGGUGCACACAUUCCGAGGCCCGCACUGGUGUGAAUACUGUGCCAACUUCAUGUGGGGGCUCAUCGCCCAAGGGGUCCGGUGCUCAGACUGUGGAUUGAAUGUGCACAAACAGUGUUCCAAGCACGUUCCCAACGACUGUCAGCCCGACCUCAAAAGGAUCAAGAAGGUGUACUGCUGCGACCUCACAACCCUGGUGAAGGCUCACAACACUCAGAGGCCCAUGGUGGUAGACAUCUGCAUCCGGGAAAUUGAAGCAAGAGGAUUAAAGUCAGAAGGUCUUUACAGAGUCUCCGGGUUCACCGAGCACAUCGAGGACGUCAAAAUGGCAUUUGACAGAGAUGGCGAGAAGGCAGACAUAUCUGCCAGCACCUACCCGGACAUCAACAUCAUCACCGGAGCCCUCAAACUGUACUUCAGAGACCUGCCCAUUCCCAUCAUCACCUACGACACCUAUUCCAAAUUCAUAGCCGCUGCGAAAAUCUCCAGUGCCGAUGAGAGGCUGGAAGCAGUCCAUGAAGUGCUGAUGCUGCUGCCUCCUGCCCACUAUGAGACCCUCCGGUACCUGAUGAUCCACCUCAAGAAGGUGACACAGAAUGAAAAGGACAAUUUCAUGAAUGCUGAAAACCUGGGCAUCGUGUUUGGGCCCACCCUGAUGAGGCCCCCCGAGGACAGCAUGCUGACCACACUCCAUGACAUGCGGUACCAAAAGCUGAUUGUGCAGAUUUUAAUAGAAAACGAAGAUGUUUUGUUUUAAUCCACCAGGGAAAUGAGCCGAAUAGCCUCCGCCCCACGGAAGUUCAGAAGGCUAAAGGAACACAACUUUUCUUGCACUUGAUUUGUUUCCCAAACAAGUGACAGAAUUUCCUGGACCACAGUGGAUGGCCGAAUCGCUACUGUGUCUCAUAGACACUGGCCGCCUCCACAUGGGGACAAGGGCGAGGGUAAGAGAGAGCUCCCCUGGGGUUUUGCUGUGCCUCGUAUAUAUGUCUGUUUUGCUGGAAGAGUGAUGAAUAAAUCUUUCUUUAACUUAUUAAAAAAAACAGUGUAGACCUUUAAACUUCAGUCUUAUCGGUAAUAAAAGGGAACUUAAUUCACAGAGGUACUUGAUACAGUUAUACAUUUCCCACUUACAGGAAGAAGACAAUUCUAUAUGUUCAAUGUUAAAUGAAACUUAUAUUGUAAAAUGUAUUUUUACUUUAGCUGCAAGAAUGUUACUUUAUUUUAGCAAAUAGAGCUCAAUGCAGCGCAUUGAUUAUUGCCCUGUGUACCUUGUCCUGCCUUCUCGCUGUGGUCCCUGGAAGAGUUUACCACGAAUGCAGUAUUAUCUUGACAUACCUCUGUCCUGGUCAGUGCUUUUCCAUGACGCUUCACCCGCCACCUGUGUCUCUGCUCUUGACAGAU